AUGCCAUUAAACACGGAAUCCUCAGAAGUAACAAAACCCACGUCAAAACCAUCGGUGUCAUCUUCGUCAUUGAAGCUCAAAUCGAAAGAACAUUGGGAAGACAUUGUAGAAAAUGAUCGACCACACGAAGGAGAUCUUGAUAAUUCAAACAAUUGGUCAUGGCAUGAACUUGGAAACGAGCAAUGCCAAAUAGCUAACGCACCAAAUAGCAGUCUACCCAACCUCUCAUCAGAAGACACAACUCCAAACAUAAUCAGAACCAACUCGGAAGCUGAACUUGCAUUAAAAGAAAUGGCAAAAAACAACAACGAAGAAAACACCAAUGUUGAUAAAAGAUCAUCGUGUGAUAAUUUGGAAGGAAUUUAA